GACUGAGGCAUGAGCCUUCAGCUGCGUGGUUGGGCCCAGUAGCACGUCGAGGGACUGGGGUGUACACCCACACAUGGUUUGGCCCUGCGGUGACCGGAGCAGCCCAGGUCGCCACCAUGACUAGGUUGUUAGUGGCCAAAAUCCUCUGCAUGGUGGUCGUGUUCUUCUUCAUGCUGCUUGGCUCCCUGCUCCCUGUGAAGAUCAUCGAGUCGGACUAUGAGAAGGCCCACCGCUCCAAGAAGAUCCUUUCACUCUGCAACGCCUUUGGGGGCGGGGUCUUUCUGGCCACAUGCUUCAACGCUUUGCUGCCUGCUGUGAGGGAAAAGCUCCAGAAGGUUCUGCGCCUUGGGCACAUCAGCACCGACUACCCACUGGCCGAGACCAUCAUGCUCCUGGGUUUCCUCGUGACGGUCUUCCUGGAGCAGCUGAUCCUGACCUUCCGCAAGGAGAAGCCAUCCUUCAUCGACCUGGAGACAUUCAAUGCCAGCUCGGAUGCAGGCAGCGAUUCAGAGUACGAGAGUCCCUUCAUGGGGGCCACGCGGGGCCACUCCCAUGGCCCCGGCCUGCGUGUCCAGGGGCUGUCACGCCCCGGCCCCCUGCGCCUGCUCAGCCUGGCCUUCGCCCUGUCGGCCCACUCCAUCUUCGAGGGCCUGGCCCUGGGCCUGCAGGAGGAGGGCGCGAAGGUGGUCAGCCUGUUCGUGGGGGUGGCCAUCCACGAGACGCUGGUGUCUGUGGCCCUGGGCAUCAGCAUGGUCAGGAGCGGUGUGACCCUACGAGAUGCGGCCAAGCUGGCGGUGACUGUGAGCGCCAUGAUCCCGCUGGGUAUCGGCAUUGGCCUGGGCAUUGAGAGCGCCGAGGGCCUGCCCAGCAGCGUGGCCUCCGUGCUGCUGCAGGGCCUGGCGGGUGGCACUUUCCUCCUCGUCACCUUUCUUGAGAUCCUGGCCAAGGAGCUGGAGGAAAAGGGCGACCGCCUGCUCAAGGUGCUGUUCCUGGUGCUGGGCUACGCCGUCCUGGCUGGGAUGGUCUUUCUCAAGUGGUGAGUGUCCUCCUCAUCGCUGCCCUGCCGGGAGCCCGGGCCACACACACGCUGCGUCCCGGCCCUGCCUCGCCCGAGCGGGAAAGCGGUGGCCCCGGGCCCCGCCCGUGCCCAAGGGCGCCUGCCAGGACCAGGCAGCGCCCCGUCCACACCCCAAGCCUUGGGGCACUGCGACUACUUUUUCAAAUACUUCUCUUAAAAGUUUUUACCAAAGCUGUGUGGCCAUGUCAACCUCGGGUGGAGGGAUCUGUAACACGCAGGCUGGGCGUCCAGGUGACGUUGGUCACAGCCCUCCCUGCCCUGCCUGUGGACAAGGACAUCAGCGUUCACUUGGCCGUGCCCAGCGCGAGCUGCAGUGUCUGAGCUGCAGGGACUGGGAGAGGGGCUCUGAGGCCUCUGCCCUCUGCCCUGUCCCUGCGACCUCACCCCACCGCCGUCCUCCCCGCUAAGUCUUGAAGAAGGUCUCGGGGUUUAUCGGAGGUUUGCGUCGCUGUGGCACGACACCGGGGCGGUUUCUAAGAGGAGCCCCCAACAUGGAACGUCCAUUCCGCAGCCAGACCGGGCUCUGUGCCUCCUGCCACCUGAGGUUGUGCCUCCAGCGGGACAGGAGAGGCCCAGACUCCUGCCCCCACAGCGUUGGCUCACCCUGAACCCCUAGGAGGGCCCCCCUGGAGUGGGGAGGCAGGGGCCACUAGGCCAGAGAGUGUGGCCGUUUCCUAGGACACAGGCAGGCUGAGGGGCAGGGGCUACACAAUGCCAGUCCCCCACCAAACAUACCAGCACACUGAAGCCACGGUCACUGCCCCACUGGGUGCAGGAGAGCGGGACAAACAGCCCAGCAUGAGGCUGGGGGAAGCCCUGGGCUCUGGCUCUGGAGCAACCUCUGGGAGGCCUGAUCUGUUGUCCCAGUAACCUGGUGUCUUGGGAAACAAGCAGGGCUGAGACGCCUUUCCUCAGGGGAUUUUGCUUUGUUCGCAGAGAAGACUGGGCCCUGAGGCUGAGCCCCACCUUGCUCUGGCCUCUAGCCCCUGGUGUCCUAUCUGGGCCUCAGUUUCUCCCAGAUCCAUCUUGGGCUGCUGGGACCCAUUGUUCCCCGAGCUGUGCCACUUCCUCACCUGUUCCCUCAGCUGCUGGGCUAGGUGCACUCCUUUCUAGAAUCCUGUGCCUCACCCACACUGCCAAUGCCAUCCCCUUGUGCCCAAGACUGUGCUGCAGUGGGACUAUUUAGCUCCAUGACAGGGAGAGGCCCCCGCCCGCCCUGUGGCCCUGGGCCCAGCGGGGCCUCCCAUCAACCUGUCCAGCCAGACGGGGAGUUCCUGUCCAGCCCUGGCUGCCUUGAGCACUGUCACAGGAGUCUCGAGGAGCAACGUGAUCGCCUCAGCCACCGUAAAUAAACCGGCUAAUGACCUUCCGAGGUUGGAGGCCUGGGCGAGAGGCCUGCCGCGGCUGCUCAGCUCCCCCAGACACAGGGCACGAGAGCCACAACUUUCAGAACAGCCCCGGCUGCCUUGAGCACUGUCACAGGAGUCUUGAGGAGCAACGUGAUUGCCUCGGCCACCGUAAAUAAACCAGAGUUCAAAUCCCGGC